AGAAAAGGAAGAAGCAGUGGAUGAGGCUGCAGAACAAGAAGAAAAAGAAGAAGAAAAGGGAGAAGUGGAUGAGGCUGCUUUUUCUGCUGAAAAAGAGAUAAGAGAGCUGAGGUGUGAAAAUCAGAGAUUGAAAGAUCAACUCCUAAAGGCAGAAGAAGAAAAGGAUCUCCAAAAUGUAGAAAUUGAAAAGCUGCAAAUGGAAAUCACUGAAGCAUUAAACAAGGAGAAUGAGCUGAUAUGUGAAAAUCAGAAAUUUAAAGAUCAGCUCCAAAAGGCAGAAUUUGAAAAGCUGCAAAUGGAAAUCACUGAAGCAUUAAACAAGGAGAAUGAGCUGAUAUGUGAAAAUCAGAAAUUUAAAGAUCAACUCAAAAAUGCUGAUAAAGAGGUCAAAAGACUUAAGAAAGAAAAUGAUUUCCAAAAUAGAAAACUUGCAGAGCUGCAAAGGGAAUAUGUGGGAAUCAACCAAGCACAUGAAGAGGAGAGUGCUAAAAUGGAAGCAAGGAUUGAGGACUUGCAAAGCCAGCUCACAAUAAUAACUCUUCAACAGUUAAAAAAGGGAAAGGAAGCUGAAGAAGAGCAAUCAAUGGAAGUCCUUGAAACCAGAAAAAUAAAGAAGAGGAAGGAAAUAGUGAAGGUGGAAGAAAAAGGAAGGAAGAGAAAAAAAGAAACUAAAAAGGUUGAAGACUUAAAGAAUGAGCUGCCAGAGCUGAAUAAAGAACGUCAACCAGUCAAACAUUUGAACAAAGAUUUAUUGAACGUGAUUACCGAGCUCAAAACAGGAGAUUGUUUAUGUGUUGAAGAAAAGAGCAUGAAAUUCAUUUUUUUUUAUGACAUUUUAGACGCCCUACAUGAAAAGUCAAUCUCAAAUAAUGUGAGUGUAUCAUUACUUAAACCUGUUUGUUACUUCAAUGGAAUAUGCAUGGAUAAUUUACAUACACCUGUGCAGGCCAUCGAUGCAUUUUGCUUUCUCCUGUUAGAAGAGAGAAAAAUAAAAGGGGUAUCAGCACCAAGAAAACCAAUCAUACAUGACAGCUUGAUCUGGACACAUAUAGUUCGCGAAGGCCAUAGGGGCGAGGCAAACCCACAGCUGCAGCAAGAGCUGAAGGACGGGUUAGAAGCAUCGGUCCUGAUAUUUCCUAUGAAUUCGGCGGGAGGAAAUAUCGAAGCCUCUCCUUUUCACUGGACGAUACUUGUCUUCGAUGUGGAAGCCAGGACAUGGACAUUCUACAACUCUUGGCUCAAAAGCAAGAGUGAAGCCAACUUUGUGAAGGAUGCAGAACUGGUGAAAGACUAUGUCCAUAAAAGGAGGCAAGAGCUGCUGGAAAAAGAAGGGAAGACAAGGGAUAAGGACCCAUUCCAGUUGAUUGUAAAAGAAGAUAGUCCUCAGCAAAAAAGCUGUUCGGAGGACUGUGGAAUCAUUGUUCUUUACAUCAUCGAGAUGAUAUUGAAUGACAAAGUGAUACCUGAGGACAUACCUUUUGAAACAGUACAAGCAUAUCGGGCCAGGAUUGCAACGUGUCUUUUGGACUCCAAGAAAUGAGUUAAACCUUGAUAUGGUUUCCACACGUUGUGAUGGACCUCAUGGAUGCUUCCCCGCCGUGCUGCCGCUGCUGCCCACCUCCCUGCUGCUAUUGCUCCAGCCCAACCAUGCUGCCGCCCCACCUCAAGCACUGCCACUUCACUGUAAAAUGACUCAAGAAAAAUAUUCAGCAAUCAUCUAUCCUUAAAUAUUGAUAAAGAUAUAUGGAAGAAUCUUAAACGCCCCAAGGAUGAAGAUCUUAUUAAAGGUCAAGCAGUGAAGAGCCUGGAGGCUCUCUGGGACAAAACUCUUGAGUUGAGAUUCUCACUUCAAAAAGCAUUUGCAAACUCGAAUAGAUUACCGCAGGUCUUCAUUUUGUGAUUCUGAUGAAAUAGUUGGGAUGGUAUAUGCUGACUUGAUCACCUCAUCCAAGAAGACUUUGGAAUCUCUACUGGAACUACAGGAGGCUUUGCUCAAGAAGAAUCCAUCAAUUUCUCAAUCUUCUAAUGGUGAUUCUGGACAGGUCACUAAGAAGCAUUCAAAAGAUUCAACAAACGUGGAUGCCGAAGAGGAUAUAGAUUGGUUAAGAAUUUCUGAGAUGCAAAAGAGGUAUUACAUUUGUCUGUAGAUGCACAGCUGUUGCUGUUUUAUUUUGAGCAAUUAGGUGAAUUCAUACAAAUACCUCUGAAUUAUUGAUUGUUUAGAUGAAGAUCUCUCUCUCUCCCCUUUUGUUUUUGUUUGGAUUGACACCCUUUUUACUAUGUUAGUUAUUAACAGACCCUCCUUUUUUUCUACUUGGAUUGACACUUCUUUGUUUUUUUUUCUUUUGAUUUUAAUACAUAAACUAUGAUUGGGGGCCCUUUUAUAAAUUUACCACCGGAUGAAAGGUUUUAUUGUUGCGAGUUCAUUUGUAUGAAUUUUAAACCACACCACCUCAGGAUUUUACUGUUUUAAGGCUUUAAAAUUUUAAAUUGAAAAACUAAAAACUCAAAUUUUUGAGUUUGAUUGGAGUUUAAUAAUGGAUUUUGAUAUCAAAAUGUUGCGAGAGAGAUUGAAGGGAUUAUUUAGUGGUCUUUUGGGUUGAUUUAGUUGUCAUAAAGGUAGAGUUCCGAUGGUGAUGGUGACAAAAGGAGUGCUAAUCCAAACACAUCAUAGUUCACGUAUUAAAAUCAAAAUUAAAAGAAUAUAGAGGGUGUCAAUCCAAACAAAAAAGAAUAAGGAACUUAUUAAUAGUUUAAAACAGUAAAGAGGUGUCAAU